AUGAAAGGAGUUGAUGAAUAUUUUGGAAAUCAAGAUGGAAAUUCCGAUCUGACUAGAAUUUAUAUUCAUUUAGGAGUGAGUGGAAAUACAAUCAUGUAUGAAAUUGAAGAGAGAGGAAAAAACGAAAAAUCAUUUAGAGUUCCUGAUGAGCAAGGAGAAGCUCCUCAAAAAGAACCAAUUAAUAAUAAUUUAUGUAUUGAUAAUUAUUUAAAUUGUAAAUUAAACGUGGAUCAGUUAGUUGAGGAAGUGAAUGAACAUCUUGAAAAUUGUAAAACUCAUAUUCCACUCUCGGAUUUAGUAUUAGAUUCUGCAAAUGAUAAGAUUAAAUAUUCUCUAAUUGUAAAAUCUACAAAAGAUGCCAUUUCAGAACAAGAAGAUAUCAGAAAAUUGGAAGAUUAUACAUCUAAUUUGGAAAAAUGUGUUUCUUUAAUAACUAAAAAUGGAAGUUUUUGCAAAAAAUCAAAUAAUGCUGGAUUAUUUAUUUGUAAUUAUUGUUACUAUUCAUCACUACAUCAUACUCAACCCAAACAUAAUUGUUAUAGCCUUUUCAUUCAUGUACCUCCACAUGAUUUAAUUAAUAUUGAUAAUCAAAUUGAAUUUGUAAAGGCUCUUGUCCAUUGCAUUGUCAAACAACUCUCCUAA